AUGGUUCAACGCCUUGAAAAGAAGAGGAAUGCUAGGAAUCAGGGCCGGUUUGUAGGGGGAGGGGUUGCUGGUCUGUUGGUAGCUGCCAGUCCUGUGCAGGUCAUAGUUGGCAGUUUUUUACCAGGCUACCAAAUGGAGCAGAAGAGCAAGAAGCUGAAGUUAGAGGCUACAUCUGUCUCUUUUCCAGUAGCUACCAUCCAGAUUCUGAGCUCACAUGCUGAGGUGGCUUACAGUAGCAGCCAGGGGAUCGGCACUUCUGCGAUGCCAAAGAUGACUCAUGCAACUACCUCCUUUAGAGCAGAAACCUGGUCUGCCUCCACACCCUCUGUACCUGAUGACACUAGGAAGUCCCCAGAUGAUGAUAUCAAUGCAUCUUAA